AUACCCCGACGACCCAUGAGGAAUUGGGCUGAGAGCAAGUUAACUAUCGAGUUGCUCAAGGUCGUCGAGAGGGCUGGCUACAACAAUCCUUCUCCUAUUCAAAUGGCUGCCAUUCUGCUUGGACUUCAACAACGUGAUGUGAUUGGUGUUGCGGAGACUGGUUCAGGUAAAACUGCUUCCUUUGUUCUGCCUUUGUUGACUUAUAUAACUAAGCUUCCUCCUUUGAAUGAAGAGAAUGGGCCUUAUGCAGUUGUAAUGCCCCCUACGCGAGAACUAGCUCAACAAAUUGAGAAUGAGACGGUUAAGUUUGCGCACUAUUUGUGUAUCAAAGUUGUUUCUAUUGUUUGUGGGCAGUCCAUAGAGGAGCAAGGUUCUAAGAUUAGGCAAGACUGUGAAGUGGUGAUUGCAAUCCCCGGGGGACUUCUCGAUUGCUUGAAGAGAUGCUAUUGCGUUCUGAACCAAUGUAAUUAUGUUGUUCUUAAUGAGGCUGACCGAAUGAUUGACAUGGGGCUUGAACCUCAAGUUGCCGGUGUACUAGAUGCUAUGCCUUCGAGUAAUAUGAAACCGGAGAAUCGGGAGGAAGAGCUUGAUGAGAAGAAGCUAUAUUGAACCACUUAUAUGUUCAAUGCUACCAUGCCGCCUGCUGUAGAGCAGCUGGCUGGAAAAUACUUGAGAAAUCCUGUUGUCGUGACUAUUUGCACUGCUGGAAAGGCUACUGACCUAGUUACUCAGCACGUAGUCAUGGUCAACGACACAGAGAAAAUGUAUAAGCUGCAGAGAUUGCUUGAAAGGCUUGGAGAUAAUAAGAUUGCUAUAGUGUUCAUCAACACUAAAAUGCAGGUUGAUACUGUUGCCAUGAAUCUGGAUAAAGCCAGUUACAUGGUUGCCGUACUACAUGGUGGAAAGUCACAGGAGCAGAGAGAAAUCAGUCUUAAAGGAUUUCAGACAGAGAAAUCAUGGCCUCUCCUUUCGAUUAGUAGG